AAUUUUCAUAAUCAAAUUCAGCACACCAUCAGGCAUCUCGAACAGAUAAGUGGUGGUAGCUUACUUUUUCCUGAGCAAUGCACACAUUUUCCAUUUACAAACAUUAAUAUGACCGGGCACAGUGGCUCAUGCCUGUAAUCCCAGCACUGUGGGAGGCUGACGCAGGCAGAUCACUUGAGGCCAGGAGUUUGAGACCAGCCUGGUCAACAUGGCAAAACCCCAUCUGUAUGAAAAAUAUAAAAACUAGGUCCAGUAUGGCGGCACCCAGUGGCGGUGUGAACUGUGAGGACUUCGCCGAGUUCCAGGAAUUACUCAAGGUGAUGAGGCCUAUCGAUGACAGAAUAGUACAUGAAUUAAACACUAUGGUUCCAACAGCUUCCUUUGCAGGGAAAAUUGAUGCCAGCCAAACCUGUAAACAACUUUAUGAGUCUUUGAUGGCAGCUCAUGCCAGUAGAGACAGAGUCCAAAAAAAUUGUAUAGCCCAGACUUCAGCAGUAGUAAAAAACCUCCGAGAAGAGAGAGAAAAGAAUCUGGACGAUUUAACGUUAUUAAAGCAACUUAGAAAAGAGCAGACAAAGUUGAAAUGGAUGCAGUCAGAACUGAAUGUUGAAGAAGUGGUAAAUGACAGGAGCUGGAAGGUGUUUAAUGAAUGCUGCUGAAUUCAUUUCAAGCCUCCAAAGAAUGAAUAAAGAGAGAUUCUUUUUUUUUUUUUUUUUAAGGACUGGGUCAUCUCAUAAGAGCUAAGCAUGACAGAU